CCACAUAAACAGCAAAAAGAGUGCAAAGGGCAGAUCAAGAAAGAAUCAUCUAAAAAUAAAGAGAGACCGAGAGAGAGAGAAUCAAGAAAAUGGGAAUAAUGGAGGCAGAGAGGAAAACAACUGGCUGGGCUGCUAGAGACCCUUCUGGGAUUCUCUCCCCUUACACCUACACUCUCAGAGAGACUGGAGCAGAUGAUGUACGCAUAAGAAUCAUUUGCUGUGGAAUCUGUCACACUGAUCUUCACCAAACCAAAAAUGAUCUUGGCAUGUCUAACUACCCCAUGGUUCCUGGGCAUGAAGUGGUAGGGGAAGUGGAGGAGGUGGGAUCAGGUGUGAGCAAGUUCACCGUAGGGGAUAUAGUCGGAGUUGGUUGCCUCGUUGGGUGUUGUGGAGGUUGCAGCCCCUGUGAGAGGGAUCUGGAACAGUAUUGUCCCAAGAAGAUUUGGAGCUACAAUGAUGUUUACAUCGAUGGUCAACCCACCCAAGGCGGCUUCGCUAAAGCCACCGUCGUUCACCAAAAGUUUGUCGUGAAGAUUCCAGAAGGAAUGGCGGUUGAGCAGGCUGCGCCGCUACUCUGCGCUGGUGUGACGGUGUACAGUCCACUGAGCCACUUCGGUCUGAAACGACCAGGCCUAAGAGGGGGCAUACUAGGGUUAGGUGGAGUUGGUCACAUGGGCGUGAAAAUAGCCAAAGCAAUGGGUCACCAUGUGACAGUCAUAAGCUCAUCGAACAAGAAGAGAGAAGAGGCUCUGCAUGAUCUUGGAGCCGAUAAUUACGUGAUAGGAUCCGACGAAGCGAAGAUGAGCGAAUUGGCUGAUUCGUUGGAUUACGUAAUUGACACGGUGCCUGUUCAUCACGCACUUGAGCCUUAUCUGUCUCUUCUUAAGCUUGAUGGGAAGCUCAUUCUCAUGGGAGUCAUCAGCAAUCCUUUGCAGUUUCUCACUCCCCUGCUUAUGCUUGGGAGGAAAGUGAUAACCGGGAGCUUCAUAGGGAGCAUGAAGGAAACAGAGGAGAUGCUCGAGUUCUGUAAGGAAAAGGGUUUGAGUUCAAUGAUCGAAGUUGUGAAGAUGGAUUAUGUUAACACUGCGUUUGAAAGACUCGAGAAGAACGAUGUGCGUUAUAGGUUCGUCGUUGAUGUCGAAGGAAGCAAACUCGACGCUUGAAUCUAUUGAAAUUUCGAGGCUUUUUACAUACUCGAUCUAGACAAUCUUUUCUGUUUGUUUGUGAGUCUUUUUCAAUGUUACGACACUAUUUUUCAUGAUAUAAUAAUAUUGGAUAAAAAUGUGUGUUAUGUGAACAUUUUUAAUUAUAAAUUAUUUGAUGUGUUAAACA